GGGGUUUUGAGAAUGAGUAGAAGUGGAAAGAGAAAUCUCUAUUUCCAUUUCCUUUGUCUACAUAAUGCUUUAUCUGCUGUAUCCAAGUUUUCGGCAACUUAACAUAAACAAUACUUUGUCCCUUUUUUUUUUUUUUUUUGACAAAAUCAUUUAUAAAUUUUUAAAAGAAUCGUUCCCUCGCCAAACUAACACACUCAUCAAGCCUACACUUUCGCAAUGUUUCCCAGGCGUUUUAAGGACCCCAAAACAGGUUUUCAUAUGCUGAGUUCAAUGCAUGCAAAAAAAUACAUGAAUAAAAUUGGGUUUGAAAGUGAAGACUACUACUUUUUCAAACAAGUUGGGAAGGCUUUACUUUGCACCUACACCAUACUUGGGGCUUUGUGGUUUUACAAUGAAGCUUCACCAUUGGAGUGGUGGAGGAAGAAGUCACCACAGAUAAAGGAGAAGCUUGAAGAAGCCCAUUUGUACCCUAGUGAUGUAGAGUCAGUGAAAGAGUUCAUAGCCAAAGGAAAGAUGAUUGGAAACACCCUGAGAGGGAUGGUUGAGAGUGAUAAUGAUGCAUGCGGAUGCCAGGAGGAGAUGAAGAGAAAGAAGGCUGAUCAGGAAGCUCAGAAGAUAUGGUUGAAGAUGAAGAAUGAGGUCGUUGCUGAGCUUCAAGAGAAGGGCAUUGAUGUCGAGUGAUUGCAUAGUGAAUUUUAGUGUCAUGACUAUGAUUCAUGAAACUGAUUUGGUGGCUAUGGUUAUAUACUUUAGAAAAACUAUGCAUGCUAUAUGAUAAAUAAUGAAGCAGCAUUUUUCUGUGUUUGUAUGUUGAUUAACAUUGAAUGAAAAUGAAUAGAAUCUCGACUCUACUUUUCUUUGUUGGUGUGAAUGUUCAUGUGUUUGCCUGUGUAA